AUGCCGAUUGCUCGACCAUCUCAUAUUACCACGUCAACAAAUGAAGAAACUCAUAAUCAAAAUAAAACAUUCUAUCGUUUAUUUAUACAAUUUCUUGCGUCGAAUCUUGGUUUAGUUAUUUUUGUUGUUGCCUAUAGUGUUGGGGGUACAUUUCUUUUUAUUUUACUCGAACAAUAUAUUGAAUUACAAAAUUGUCAACUAGCUAGUUUAGACGAAGAAAUUUCAAUAGCAAGUCUAUCUGAAACAAUAUAUAAUUAUGUUGUUGUAUCAACUGAUAAUACAACAAUAAUCUAUGAGAAAAUAAUUGAUUAUUUGAAUAAUUUUACAAAUGAUAUAUAUGAUCGUAAAAGUGAUUUUCGAUAUACAGGACAAGAUUGUUCAACAACGGAAGGACAAAUCACAUGUAUUUGCUACGCAUUAAUUGGCAUUCCAAUGUUUCUUAUUUAUUUAACAAAGAUAAGUUCUAUACUUGGUGAUAUGUUUCGUUUGAUGUAUUCAACAUUUAUUCGUUGUAUUUAUUGCUAUUGUCGUAUUCGUACACGUUCUCAAAUUUGUUCAAUGCAUUCAAAAAAAUCAUUUAAUCAAUAUAUAAUUGAUUAUGUAGGUACAACAUCAAUUGAUCCAAGUUGGCCAGAAGCAAAUGAUCAAUUUAAUGAAGAUCAAUUAAGUAAUUAUAAAGAUGAUAAUGUUGAAGAAAUAGACGAUGUUUGGAAUCGAGUUGAAAGUCAAAUACCUGUUUUAGUAAUUAUUUUAAUUAUAAUUGGUUAUGUUUGUUUGGGAGCAUAUAUGUGUCAUCAAUUUGAAGGUUGGACAAUAACUGAAUCGGUUUAUUUUUGUUAUAUUACAUUAGCUACUAUUGGAUUUGGUGAUUAUGUACCAGGUAUAACGUCAGGUUCAACAGACGGUUUACGUUUUCUGGCUACUUCACUUUAUAUAAUUGUUGGUUUAGCUGUGUUAGCGAUGUGUUUUGAUUUAAUAAAAGAAAGUAUUUUUGAAAAGUUCGCAUGGAUUGCCAUUAAACUUGGUAUUGUUGCUGAAGAUGAUGAUCAAAUCGAUAAAGACCAUACACAAUAUGCAAAUUUUGAAUAUUUACAACAAGGAAACAUGAAUAAUGGAUACUUAAAUGAACAGUAUGAAUUUUAUGAUACACUCCCUGAUUAUGAUUAUUUCUUAACUGAUGGACAGUGGUUUUCUGGUAUUAAAGAUAAAGUUGAAACAAUGAAUUAG